GAGCAAUUCCGACAAACCUGUCUGUUGCCCCCGACCGCUUCCUUUAUCAUGGACUUCUGCAAGGGUCUUUCCGGUAAAAUCCUGACAUUUGACGAGCAAUGCCAACUUUUCUUUGGCGCAACUAGCUCACGAUGUACUCUUCCGAAUGUUCAAGAUUCCGUCACCGAAGCCCAUCUUGCAAAGGGAUACGUUGUCGAUUGCUACAAAAACGCAUUCCAACAACCGUUCUACUGCACAGUCCCGAAUAGUGCCCAGUGUGAUCCCAUACCUGACGUUUCUAUGGGAACCAAAUGCGUCAUCGAUGGAGUUAGGAAUCCAAAUAACAUUUGCAACCAGGGUUUCUGUGAACGAAAACCUCUCUGCGACGACGAAAGCAGCAGCAGCAAUGACUAAACUUAAUGCGACGACGAUAUCAGCGGAAGAUCAUGAUCCCGAUACUGAUGCUUCCAAAAACAUUUAUUACAACUUGAAG